GAAAACUUUUUUUCGAUUCUAUCACUACCACCACCCAACGAUGUCCAAUACCGAGCGUACCUAUAUUAUGGUCAAGCCUGACGGGGUUCAGCGCGGGCUCGUUGGCGAGAUCAUACAGAGAUUCGAGAGGAGAGGAUUCAAAAUGAUUGCCCUGAAGAUGGUUUGGCCUACUACAGAACUCCUCGAGAAGCACUACGCUGACCUCAAGAACAGGCCUUUCUUCCCCAAUUUGAUCAAAUACAUGGCUUCCGGUCCCGUCGUGGCCAUUGUCUUGGAAGGGCGCGAUGCUGUUGCCACCGGCCGUGUUAUGCUCGGUGAAACAGACCCUCUUAAGUCCGCACCUGGCACUAUCCGUGGAGACCUCUGCUUGCAGGUUGGCCGUAACAUUUGCCAUGGCUCUGACUCCGUUCAGAACGCCGAGAAGGAGAUUGCUCUCUGGUUCCCCGAGGGCAUCGUCAAAUACACCCUUGCUACGGAAAACUGGAUCUUUGAGUGAUCAUGUUUGCAAGGUUUUCGAUCAUAUGUAGGAUUAGGUUGUAAUCUGAGGGUGUAGAACGAACAACAAUGAAAAAUGUCUGUACAAAUCGCAUGUCAGCGUCUGUCCAAAUCUAAGUCUGUUGUCGCACUCGCC